AUGGCAUCCGCUGUGCUGGCCGUGCUCCUCGUCGCCGCCUCCAUGGCUUCUCUGAUGCAGGAGGCGUCCGCCGAAGGCCUCCGCGGUGACGCGCAGAACAGGACGGCCGUGAAGGGAGUCUCCUUUCUCUCCACGUCCGCCACAGCCACGGCUCCUGGCUGCAGCAAGGCAGAUGAGGCCAUCAUGACGAAGCUGGGUGGGGGUAACGCGGAUGGAACCUUUCCCAAGUACCUUGCCACGUGCGGCCAUCGGAACUACAACAUCUUCUUCGGCUUCAACAGUGCCAACUUCGCAUCUUGUGUGGAGGGGGACACGGGCAUCAGCAUGACAUGUGCCCGGUGCUUCAUCCAGUCUGCCAAGUAUGGAGCAGACAACUGCAAGUGGAGCUGCCUCUUCGGCUCCUGGUGCGGCUCCGCUUGUUUGAGCUGCGUGGCCUCCGCGAACAAGGCCACAGCAGAUUGCGCAG